CUUUGUCUUCCCCACAAUGGGCGAGGAGACGAAACAUCUGACUCAUUGGUUGGAGACAUGGGAUUUGAUAGACCUCGCUGAUGAAGGGGAAAAGCAGCAUGUUACCUUUGUCAGUCGUGCGGCAGGUUUGCGGGUCAACUUCAGAGGGAAUAGGGUUGUCCACAAGUGUAUCUGGACUGUGCUACGAGUAUCUGCGAGUGACAAGCCACAGACAGAAGUGCUGAGCUUUGAACAGUCUCACUUACCUAAAAUCUGGAUUUCCUUGAAUCUUCAUGCAAUCAAGAGCUUGUUUUGACCAACGUAGUAGUGGCAUGUAGUGACAUCUCGCCAGGAUCCGCAUCAUGGCUAUGCCUGUGGCAGAUGAUGCCACAGGUGAAGCCAAGCUGGCCACCAGUCCCAACCAUUCGGAUGUCCAGGCCCAUCUCAACGCCUUGCUCGACGGCGUGGUGGCUGCCGCCGGGCGCGCGCCCAUUGUGUGGCAGCCUGGCAGACCUAGUGAUGAGGUGGUUGUGGAAGACAUGAUUGCGGAGAUCAUGGAACAGCGAGAGAAGGAGGAUAAAUAUGCCUCCGCGGCGUUGCAACGAUCCUUGGCGAAAAGCCCCAGCUACCGCGCGGCAGUCAGCGACUUGGAUGCUCAGUUGCGGCGUAGCUUUCAUCUCGUGGAGCGGAGGUUGCAGGCGGUUCAGCGGCAACUGGAUCCCAUGCUCUUGGGGCAGUCCGCCAUACUGAGCAGGCUCUAUCUGGACCGCCAAGGCCUCUUCCAGCAGAUCCAAUCAGUGGCCGUCCCUUUGGAGGGCGACGCUGCCACAGGGCACGUGCCUGCGGAGUGUCAACGAGACUUCACGCCUUUAAACUCUCCGUUCCUCGCGGAUUUCACCAUGUUUUGGCUCUCCAGGCCGCAACAGAUGGCACGACAACAGCUGCCUGAGAAGAUCUCAGUGCUUUUGAUGAACCUCUUCUACUCCUUGGCGAAGGUCAUUGUGAGCUCCAAAGUCAACUUGCAAGUGGCUCCCCUGCCGCCAGACUUGGCCGCCUGUUUGUCGCCGGAUGCCUAUGGCCGCAGGGCAGACUCGGCCUUGGCCACGAUCAUCGCCGAGGCGGUGGAGGGCCGCAGCGCGGGCUGCGCGGCGCUCCAUACGGCCUUGGCCUUGUUGGUGGAUGGCUCCGGCAGCUUCUUGGAGCUGUUGCGACCGCAGCAGCUGCUUCGGCCGGAGCUCUUUCUGCGCACGGUUCAGGGGACACAGUACGAGUUGAGUUUGGUAGAGGGUCUUUGCGAAUGGCUAGCCGAUCUCCAACGUGUGUGCGAGCAGUGGGAGCAAGUGGUGCAGAACAUGAGGGCCUUGUCCCAGUGCGGUCCUUUCGCCUUGGACGUGAGGUAUUUCUCCUUCAUCGCCGAGCAAACCAGCCCAGCGUUGUUGAGCCUCUCCGUCUAUGCCACCAACAUCUAUGGUGUGAACUGUGGGAGGCGCCUAUGGAAGGACAUCUACGAGUUGGUGCUUCGCGUGCAAAAGCCCGUGGAGACCUUCGAAGACAUGGUCAGUGAGCUGGAGUUGCUGAGCAAUGUCUACGAGAACAUCAACGUGUUCCGCAGCGAGCGACAGCAAUUGACGCCGCUCAUCGCCGCCUUGGCGUCCGUGACGCGGAGCCACCUCUUCACCCAGCGCUUGCCCGACGUGCGCGCAGGCCGAAGCAUCUCGGUGGAAGAGAUGCCGGAGCGCUUCAUGUUAGGCUUCCAGGAGCAAGCAGAGCACGACGAGAAACCGUCCGAAGAGAGCGAAGAAGCCCAGAGCGACGCUCAAGCGGCGCGCCGGGAGCAGGGACGUGCACACGGUGUGGGGCAUGCCUAUGGCGGCUUGUCCACAGGGACCAUGCAGUUCCUUUGUUUGAAGACGGACGAUGUCUUCCAGGAGUUGCAAGAGAGCUUGGACCAGGUCCUCCGGACCUUACCUGCGCGCUCAGGGCCAUUUCAGGAGAUGGUGCGAGAGGAGUCCUUGGCAGUGGCGGAGGCGGCCCAAGUCAGUCACGCGCCGGUGCGGUGGUUCUUUUUCGACGCACGACGGGAAUGUGCCAACGAUAUGGGCGCAGAGGACAAGGAACAGCAAAACUCCCAUCGGACGACCAAGGAGGCGAAGUCGUCCUCGCUCCAGCUCACAGCAGGUGGCCUUUCCUCCUUCCAUGAUGUGGAUUCUGCACUGGCGGGCUUCGAACAGCGCUAUCGACAGUUGGAUAGUCGGAACCAGUUGAUGAACCGCUUCCAUUUUUUAUCCAAGAGCGACCCCUCCACAGAGCCCAGGCCUGCGAAUCAGCGCAUGGAUGAGCUGCGCAACAAGCUACAAGAGCUGCGAGUCUUCUGGAAAGCGGCACAGGAAUGGGAUAAGGAAGUGGAGAAACGCCUGCGCCAGUCGCCGGUGUUGGUUUGCAUUGCAGAUUUGCAGCGACAGGCACACUUCACGCUUCGAGCUGUGAGCCAAUGUCCCAAGGAGCAGAAUUCUGAGCACGUUUGGACCUAUCAUUGCCACGGCUUGGAUGCUUUGUGCCAAUGGGAGAGUCUGAUAUCGACUGUGAAGGAGCGGCAUGCUCUUCCAGACAUGAUCCAAUUCCCUUCGAUUCUUCCACUUGAUAAGAGCGCCCAGGACAGAGCCGCAGAAUUUGUUAUGAAAGCAGCCCUGGAUUCUUGCGCUGAUGCUUCAGAGGGCUUCCAAGGUUUGUUGUCCACCUUGUUUUGGCCGGCCAAGGGCGACAUGUCGGAACGCGAGGGGCGGAAGGUGCCCCUGGUGCCCUACAGUCCACCACAAGCGCAUGUUUGGAGCAACCUCUUCGACACCCCAGUGAACAUCAAACCGCGUGACUUUUCGGCGAACUGCUUCGGCUUCGAAGAAAACCAUCAGAAAGGCGGCGAUGCCUCAGGUGACGCACCCGGCUUCGAUCCCAACGACACCAUGACCAGCCUCGGGAGGCUCCUUAGAGCUGGCGUCCUGGAUAACCAUGCCAAAGUGGCCAGACAGUAUGCGUUAGCCAGCCGCGAAAGCCAUGAGAUGCGAAAUUUACUUUGCAACGUGAUUGCUUGGGCACAAGAGAGGCUGCCCAUCUCCACAAAGGGCACAGGCCCAGUGGUGCCAGCAGCGGUACUGGCAGAGCCUCGGGCAGAGAUGGAGCAGUUGGACUCCCAAGCACGGCAGCUGGAAACGGCAUUGCAUCGCUCCAGGCCCUACCCGCAGCUCUUCAACCGGCAAGAUGGAGAGAUCGCUUCCGAGCAGAAUCCACCAUCGGGGGACGUCUUCUUCUUGGGCCGCUGGGCAGAGCAUGUGCUUUCGGUGGGAAGCGGCUUCUACAAGAACUUGGCAGAAAGUUGGCUACGACGCUUGCGACUCAUGCGCCGCUGGGCGAAAGCUUUGGAUCAAAUCUUCCAGUCUUUGGCGCAGAGCAUGGCGGCGAAUCCCGAGACCCGUGCCUGCCUCGAGGGUGUGCUCGGCUCAGCGGACGGCUUGGCGACGGAGGACUUGCGCAGUCGCUGCUUUCGGCUCUUCUUCUUGGAGGACGAGGUCCUCUUUGAGUUGUGGGGCAGCUCUGCCAACACUGAGACACAGCAGCAGAUUGUGAUCACCAUCCCCACCAUGCCAUUUGCCCUCUCCGCCCUCGCGCGGUUUGCUCUGAUGAGGAGUCGUUGCUUGCCGCAGCUCUUCCCUGGUUGGGGCACAGCGAUCUUCGCACAGCAGCUGGACUCGGCAGGCUUGAAGACAUGCGGCUCCCAUCGUUCGGCGUCCAAACGAUCGCAGUCCAAGAAGGGCACGGUCGAGAUCAAGAGUGACUUGGUGAUUACGGCAGUUCAGCCCACUGGUCCUGCUCUUCAGUUGCUGGAGCCAGUUCCGCUUCAUUUGCCGGUGCAGGAGUCCAGCGCCUUGGUGCUCCACUCCGACCGUCAUUUUGAUGCCUUACCUUCCGAGCAUGUGACGACCAUCCACCGGCACGUGCACGGCAACCACAUGGCGGAGAACUGGUGCCCAGUGAUCGUGGAGAAUGAGGUCGGGGAGCGCUGGGCGGUGCACCUGGAUCCACUGCUGAUCCGACAACAUCGGAUGAAAGUGCGACAAGAGCUCUUUGACGUGCAAGAGAAGCGUUCCAUGAUGCUCCGACGGAUUCACGAGAUCCGACAAAGCCUCCCCAAAGCCGAGCCGGAGGAGUCCAGGAAGUGCUGGGAGAAGGAGCUGAAAGAGGCUGAGCAUCGCAGGAACGAGCCGUUGGUCAGAGCUUUUCCUCCGAACAUCAGACACGUGACAGUGUUCCUGGAAGUGUCCAUGCACAUGGUGCAGUUGGAGCUGGUCGGUCGGCAUCUGAAGGAGGAGCUUUGGCCGAGACUGGUGGCUUCGCAGGUGGAAUGCCUCACAUUGGUGGCGUUGGACGGUCGCGAGAUCGAAGUUGAGGUCACCGAGACCGGACGCGCCUCCCUGACCGCCUUCCUCGAUGUCCUCGACCCGCCGCCUCCGCGGUGUCUACAUUCCACGCAGUCGCAGUCGCGGCGGUCGCGGUCUACGGGGACCGCGCCUGAGCUGUUCAUGGCUCCGCAGCUCAGCAAGGCCAUCGCCACGGAUGCGCUGCUGGGCCACGGCGCAGGGCUCUUUGUGCUUUGCUCCAAACCGGCGGAUCUGGAGGAGUGCGAAGUGCUGUUGAAGCGUAGCCAGUUGAUCUUGCAGCUUUGUGGAGUGCUCGGUGCUUCUCCUGAUGAUCCCGAGCACAGCUACGAGCGCCUGGUGAAGGCUGCGGCGCCUGGGAGCGCCUUGCACCUCUGGUUUGGCGCUCCCUACUGGGACGCCUUCGCCGCCGAGCGGCGGCAGCACCUGGAGGCGCUGCGGCCGCUGCUGCAAGAGACGCAGCGCUUGGGCGGGCGGCUACCGGCGCAACUGGGAGUGCUGGGCGAUGGAGAGGUGGUCUCAGGGGCGGUGCUGGAGAUUCGCCUGUUGGAGCGAGUGAUGCGGGAGUGCUACGUGGAUGAGCAGCGCUGCGAGGAGGAGUUGAAGAUCCUCACGCAGCUCCUCUCCAAGGAGCUCGUCGAGCCGCACGAGGUCAGCGUCGUGCGCCGCAGCCCCCGGCAGCGCGACGCCGACGAGGCUGACCAAGCGAGGUCGGAGGUGGAGCCGUCGGUGGCGCCCUCCCUGGGUUUGGGAGAGCUUGCAGAUAUCGCCUUCUCAUGGACCGUGGCCACAGCCAAAAGCAAGUAG